AUGAUCGGCCGCAAACAGCGCAAACGUGUGGUAUACGUCGAUGGCAUCCCAAUCGAGUCGACACUGUUGGAAGCUGGAGAGUCAGGCCUCAAAGGUGCAGAGAAGAGUGACCCAACGUCUCUGGCAGCGCUGGACCCGCAAGCUUUAUUCGACAAAUACGACGCCGAUGGGUCCGGUGAUAUCGAUUUCGAGGAGUUUAAAGUGCUGCUACACGAGUUGAGUGUGAAUCUCACGGAGCCCAAGGCACACGCGUAUUUCAGACGCUGUGACCGCCGUCGACGAGGCUGCAUCUCGUUCGACGAGCUUCGACUAGCGCUGUACACUUGCGACCCCAAGAAUCCCCAUCGGACUGGCGGGUUUGCUCCGGGCCAGUCACUGGCGCCCAGAGAUUUGUUCGAGAUGUUUGAUAAGGACGAAGAAGGCGCGAUUGACAGAGCCACCUUCACGGAACUUCUCGAGUUCAUUGGACGUAAAAUGCCUUUGGACAAGAUGGAAGAGCUCUUCGCCACCUAUGAAGACCCAGAGCUGGAGAUGCUGUCGUAUCUGCAGUUCAAGAAGGCGUGGCUCGCUGUCGUCGACGUACCAGCUGAGCUUCGUCAACGUGGAGAGAAAUUCAACAGGUUUUUACCACCUAAAAUGCUUGCAAAGAAGCUGGCGAUGCUGGUGAGUUUAGAAGAGAAGCAAGAGGCUUUGACGCUUCUGGAGGCCAACAACACGCUCAGUGACGAGGUCAUCGCUUCCCAACGACGCGAAUUGGUGACGGAAGCGCGCUGUCUUGCCCGUGUGAGGUUAGCUGAAGCUCUGGAUGCUGCAGGACAGGUCUAUGUCUUUGGGAAGGGAGCUCAUCAACGCUUCGACUGCGAACCCAAAGAACCCGAUUUCGUCGACUUUAUGGACUACGACGUCGUACGUGAGCUAUGGCAACAACGUGUCAGUCCAGCAGGGUCCAACGCGAUGGCUUCACUCUCUUCUGGAGUUAAAUCUAUUGAGAACAAGCCGAAGAACAGUGACAAUCCCGACAAGCGACUAUCUCCCGCUAGGACGAAGCUAGAGGCGUCAGCACGUGCGUUUGCCGACCGACAGGUGUCGAAAGCGACGGCUUUUCUAUGGGGGAAACGUGUGAAUCAGGUCGCUUGUGGCGCUGCCAUCGCGUACGCGCUUACCGACGCCGGUGAAGUGUUUUGCUGGGGUGGCAACAAGCGACGAUGGAAAUAUUUCUACGAUGAAGCCACUGCUACGAACGUCGUCGAAGACAGUGAUCCCGGUGGCGCUGCACUAGCAGAACUCGCCCGGUUUGGAGCAAAACGAGACUCGAGCUGGAGGAAGAACCCUCUCACUGCACGUAGCGAGAUGUUGAGACUGUUUGCUCUUCCCUCACAAGUCUCAGAAAGCCACGACGUUCAUGACAAACUGGGACUCCGUCGAAAAUACGCCCAGGUGUUCGAGAAGCUAGUGCCGUUGACACUCACAGACGAAGAUAGACGACGGAGACUGCAACUUGUGGGGCAAUACUACGGUCUUUUAAGUGGGAGGAGCUGUAUGAGAUCGCUGGAUGAGCUGAUGGAGACAGUGGAGCCUGAUCUGGAUGUGGAUAACUUGUCUUUAUCUCUCUUCGUACGAGGCGUGGAAGUAGCCAGACCUACGCGUACGGCGCUCUUAAAGAUACUAGGAGAGUGUCUUGAGCUCGAGAGAGAGUGUGUUGGAGAGAAAUUUCACGAGCAUAUGAAGCAUCAGGACGAGAUAGCCAGACGCCAUCGCAAAGAGCGUCGUGAGAGAGCGUUGAUGGCUGUAGUGGACAAGGCGAAUGCCUUGUGGUUUGACCUUAAUGAGCUUCGUGAGAAGAUGGCUACAGCUGAGAGAGAGCGUCUUAUCAAGGGCGACGAGGAAUACGACAAGAUGAAGCGGAAGAUCACGCAUGCUACUCAGAAACUCAAGCGGCGAGCACGUGAGGGACACUCCGCAGUGGUAGUUCCGGACCAUAACGCAGAACAAUGUCAAGAUCUGCUGUACAUCAACGGCUUGACUGCUCGAGGCCCAGUGCUUAAGUUCUUUGACGGCUCUCAAGCGCUUCAGAGUAUUGCAGUGGGGUCUCGUCAUGCUCUGGCUAUCCAUUCCUCUGGGAAGUUAUACACGUGGGGAGUUGGCUCGUUUGGACGCUUAGGUGGCGCUCAAAACGUCGAGUGUAAGCGAGAUAGAAGCAACGAUGAGAGUGAAGGGAACCCUGUUGAUUCGUGGCAUAGUGACGCUCAUACAGCGCAAGUUAUUCCUGCUGUUCGUCACCUCCGCUUUCGAGCGAUUUCCUGCGGAUUCAGCCAUAGCCUGGCACUCUGUACCGAUGGAACGGUGUACGCUUGGGGCUCUGCCACACACGGCAAACUCGGUAUUGGUCCAGUCCUAGUGGAAGAGAGCUUCACGUUGGCUCCAAUGGCUCUGUCUUCGCUGACAAGUCUCGGCGUUCGGGUACGGAAGAUCGCGUGUGGACCAUCACACUCGGCGCUUCUGACUGUUGCUGGCGCUUUGUAUGUCUGGGGAUGUGGAGACGGAGGACGCCUUGGACUGGGAGACGACAGAGACAUCGGAGAAGACAGAAUUCCACGUAAUGGAGUGCAACUUGGAGUGAUCUCGACACCGACACGUGUCGUUGAGCCUUUCGAGCACGAGAAAGUGGUGGAAGUGGCGUGUGGAGCCGCACAUACAGCAGUGCUAAGUGCGAUUCAGAGAAACAGCGGUGGGUGUGUCUACGUGGCUGGAAGUAACCACGCCGUAGCCAACUUCACGCCGAGAUUUACUCGUGUUACAGUGCCAGAAGCGUCGACUGUCAUGGCGAUGAAAGUGAGUUGUGGACCAGCACACACCGCGUUUGUAUCGACGGAAGGAGAGCUGUAUACUUGGGGGAAGAACAUCGGUGGCAGUACCGGACAUGACGUAAAGUUGCCUCUUCUUCCUCACCCGACACGCGUUGGUUGUAUGUUUGAACGUCCACGCAAUUUGUGUCUCGAUGCGGCAGUCACUGUCACUCAAAGCAGUCAGAACGCGACGGCUAUAGCAGAAUUUGCACUGGGUGGCGACCACGCAGCAAGAGAAGGCCAAAAGAAGCGACAAUCUCGACGGUCGAGUGGACAAAAUACCGCACAUUUCGCGCAAACGCAGCACGAAAUGUGUCCAUUCUGGCAGGUAAAUCUGGCUCAACACUGUCGAAUUGUGUCCAUCCGAGUGGUUUUAGUGUCUUCCACUUCAAUUGACGCUGAGUCGGCCAGAUCCACUGCGUUAAAGUAUGCGGUAAUGGUGUCUGAGGACGCUUUCGACCUUGAGAUCCGCGGUAAACAGGCGCUUGCGAAGGCUAGAGGACACAGUGUCCACGUCUCGUUGAGCUGUGAUACUCAGAAUGAGCUCAAAUGGACAGCUCCUGCCGAUACGUUCGGGAGAUUCGUUCGAGUUCAGCUUGAGAGUGUCAGUGGAGCUUCUUUGUUGUCGUUGGAGCGAGUCGAAGUGCUCGGAGCUUCCAGUGAGCAAUAUACGGGACCUCGAGUUACCGACGUGGUGUGUGCCGAGGGGAUGACAGUAGCCAUUUGUACGCCAAUCGGUGACAAGGAAGAGCUACGCAACAUGUUUCGACGAGCUGUCAGAGCUGAUCGCUCGAGUCUUAGUGUGCUGGCUCAGCUGGAGACGUUCCAGUCUUGUGUGCGUGAAGAAGAGCAGCAACAGCAAGAGGAAGAAGCACUGUAUAAGGCCAGUCAGACAGCGAAAACAAGCAUCGAGAAGAGAGAGAUCGCGACUGCGAUCGCUGCGCUGGAGGCCAAACAACGAGCCGAGACGUGUGUGCUCUGUCGACCAAAAGUACCGUGUGUCAUCUGUGAGAUGGAGAAACACGUACGUGCUGCAAAGAAAAAGUUGAUAACUCAGACGCCGCAGCAACCGAAGAUCUCAGUAAAUGACCGUAGAAAACAGCACAGUCAGCCGUCAACUUCUAUUGCUCUGGUGACUGCGAUUAAGCGGCCAGAGCUGGCGUUGACGCUGGAAGGUUUGUGCUCCGAGUUCCUUGCACUCGACUUACGGUCGAAGCAAGACGAGGAAGAAGCUCAACAGCGUGUUGAGCUCGAAUUAAUGGACCCUGUGGCUCUCGCGCGUGCCAAACAGGAAGAGGAGGCAGCAGCACGACUGGCAUCUGGACAAGUGAGGGCCAAUCCUACUCGAAUGGCGCGUCAAUUGUUUGUUAAGUUUGUAACCUCGACAGGCUUUCGUGGCCACAAAACGCAAGAGAAAAGGACAAUAACGACUAAAUGAAUCUCAAGACCAUCGGUACUCUCGAUUCCGAAUCAUCGGAAAAGCCGAACUUUGAGCUUGGACGAGCUACUCGAGGUAUCCUCAAUGUCGACAAUGGCAGUUUAAAACAAAAGCUGUAGUUUGGACAUGCUGGAGCUGGUAGAGAGCCAUUUUGACGGGUGUUCGAUGCCUAGAUCAGCGAUUGACUGCCGCGUCUUCCGGUCGAUCUGACAUUC